GUGUGGGCUAUGCUGAUCUCCGGUUUCGAUGACAUGGUGUCAGAUAUUGACAACAGCCAAGCUGUGUUAGAAGCAGCCGUGCACCUGGAUGGCAGUCCCACAACAACCGCUGAGGACAGCACUACUGCGCCCACACCCCUGUCCUCUGAACACGUGGCCAUGAUCAUGGACUGGCUGGAACCAGAACUAGACGAACUGUAUGAGACAUCCUCAGUAGUCUCCAUCGACGAAAGCGCCGGACUAGACCAGGAUAUCCAAUCUGUGCUGAGAAAAGAGCAAGAUCUGUUGGCGGGGAUCAUGGAAGUGAUGGACAACCUGGACAUGCCCUGCGAGUGGUUGGCCAAGCCAGACGAUUCAGCCACAAGCCACGUGAAACAUCCAUCCCCACAGUAG